AUGUCGGAUGCUACAGUCCUUCCUCAAGGUGCCGGCUAUGGUGUUGUCGUCGGCAUUGGGUUGUUUUUCAGCGCCUUCAUGUUAUGUAUCACGGCCAUCCAAGCUCGAUAUACCGCAUUCUCGCCAAAAAACUCUGAAGAGUUUACCAGUGCUUCAAGAAGCGUCAAACCUGGAUUGAUCGCUUCUGGUAUUGUCUCAGCAUGGACAUGGGCGGCUACUUUACUUCAAAGUAGUGCAGUGGCUUACAAGUUUGGCAUCAGUGGACCUUGGUGGUACGGAGCUGGUGCCACCGUUCAAAUAUUGCUCUUCGCCAUGUUAGCCGCAAAAUUGAAGCUCAAUGCCCCCUAUGCGCACACAUGGCUUGAAAUUGUUCAAGCCCGCUGGGGGAAGCUUGCUCAUGGGGUGUUCAUGUUCUUUGGUCUUGCGACCAAUGUCAUUGUCAGCUCCAUGUUGAUCCUCGGAGGCUCUGCAACCGUAACCGACUUGACGGGAAUGAAUACGAUUGCCGCAUGUUUCUUGAUUCCUCUGGGAGUUGCCAUUUAUGUUGUAGUCGGUGGGAUGCGAUCCACGCUGUUGUGUGAUUAUACGCAUACUGCCGUUCUGUUUGCAAUCAUCUUGACUUUCAUCUUUACUGUCUAUGCCACGAGCGAUAAAAUUGGUAGUCCGAUGAAGAUGCACGAACUUCUCAGCGCCGCCUCAGAAGCUAAUCCAGUCCCGGGGAAUGCCCACGGAUCGUACCUCACCAUACGGUCCAAGAAUGGUCUGAUCUUUGGUGUCAUCAACAUCAUCGGGAACUUUGCCACGGUAUUUCAAGACCAGGCCUACUGGCAGCGUGCUAUUGCCAGUCGUCCUGCAAGCACAGUCAAGGCGUAUCUUCUUGGAGGAAUCGCAUGGUUCGCUAUCCCGUUCACGUUUGCGACAACGCUGGGACUCGCAGCUGUGGCACUGAGAGGAGAUCCGGAGAUGAAAGUGUUGAGCCCAGCCGAUGUGUCGGCUGGAUUGCCCGCUGCUGCUGCCGCCGCCGCGCUGCUUGGACAAGGGGGUGCUGCGGCCCUUUUGGUUCUUCUAUUUUUGGCUGUCACGAGCGCAUGCUCUGCUGAGCUCAUCGCUGUGUCGUCUCUCUUAACAUACGAUGUUUACAAGACCUACAUUAACCCCAAAGCAACUGAAGAGCAGAUUCUACGCGUCGGACAUGCAGGAGUUGCAUUCUAUGCCCUUGUAUGUGGCCUCUGCGGCUUGAUCUUCUUUUACAUCGGUGUAUCGAUGGGAUGGCUCUAUACUUUCAUGGGAGUCAUUCUCGGGUCUGGUGUCGCGCCUAUUGCUCUGUGCAUCACCUGGAGCAAAGCUAACAAGUGGGGCUGCAUUGGUGGAUCUAUUGCUGGUUUCGUGGCUGGUAUCGUUGCGUGGCUGGUUACAACCUCAACUCUGAAUGAUGGCGACUUUGAGAUGUUGGCUGGCAAUCUUGCCUCAAUAGGUGUAGGAGCUAUCGUUGCAACCGUUUCAUCUCUCAUCUGGCCUGACAACUUUGACUGGGAAGCCACUCGGGCUAUCAACAGACCUGUACCUCCUGCUGCUAAAAUCGUGGACGAGAAAGGCGACGACGAAAGCGACAAGAAAGAACACGAAGUUAAUGUAAAGGGUUCAGUGGCUGGAGAUUCAUUUGAUGCUCGUGAAGAAGAGGAUGAGCUUGAUCCCGUUGCACUUAAGAAGGCCUUUAAAUUUGCGACAUGGUCGUCACUCGGGCUGUUUGUGGUCCUUAUAUUGAUUAUCCCCCUCCCAUUGUUCUUCUCUCAUCAUAUAUAUGGUGUCGGUGGUUUGACGGCAUGGGUGUCAGUUGGUAUUGCUUGGACCUUCUUGUCGGCUAUUGCAGUGGUUAUCUAUCCCCUUUACGAAAGUCGGAGCGCUCUCACCGAAAUCACCGUUGGGAUCUAUAAGGACCUGUUCACGAAGCAAAGUGGAAAGUAUGUCGGUGCUGCUCCUCCCACUUCAGUCGCGUGA